CAUCAUGCUCUCCUCCCCACUCAGGGUGGCUGUGGUGUGCGUGAGCAACGUCAACAGGAGCAUGGAGGCCCACAGCAUCCUCAGCAGAAAAGGGCUAAGUGUCCGGUCUUUUGGAACUGAAUCUCAUGUGAGGCUACCGGGACCAAGACCCAAUCGUCCUGUAGUUUAUGAUUUUGCAACAACAUAUAAGGAGAUGUACAAUGACCUCCUCAGGAAAGAUAGAGAAUGCUACACCCACAACGGAAUCUUACACAUCUUGGGAAGAAAUGAGAGAAUCAAGCCCGGUCCAGAAAGAUUUCAGGAGUGCACGGAUUUCUUUGAUGUCAUCUUCACCUGUGAGGAGAGUGUCUAUGACACAGUGGUGGAAGAUCUGUGUUCCAGAGAACAGCAGACCUUUCAGCCUGUGCACGUGAUCAACAUGGACAUCGAAGAUACCCUGGAAGAUGCCACCCUGGGAGCUUUCCUCAUCUGUGAGAUUUGCCAGUGCCUGCAGCAGUCAGACGACAUGGAAGACAAUCUGGAGGAGCUGCUGUUGCAAAUGGAGGAGAAGGCAGGAAAAAGCUUUCUUCACACCGUCUGCUUCUACUGAAGAUCUGGGCUGGCUUUGUCCCCUUCCUCAGUAAGAACUUAGGCAUGGGACUUUAGUCCAGAUUUAUCGUGAGAAGCAUCUGCAAAGA